CUCGGGGUUUCAGACCCAAAACCAAAAAUGGACCAAAAAGAGGAGAGCAGCUCCAUAUUCGACCCUUGCCCCAUUUGCCUCUCACCGAUUAAUCAAGAAUCCUACUUGGAUCAAUGUUUUCAUAAAUUUUGCUACAGUUGCAUCCUGCAAUGGACAAAAGUAGUCGCUAGUAAGCAUUCUCCUCGUGAACCCUUCAUAAAGUGUCCUCUUUGUAAGACAAAAAGUUCAUCAAUAAUAUAUGGGUAUGAUGGAAGUUCUUUCCAACAGCAUCUUCUUUAUGAGAAUUCAGAAAAUAGCAUUUUCUUCACAAAAGCCCAUAAGUACAGAUUACAGUGCUACUACAUUGAGCUAGGUAAUUCAAUUGGUAAUAUUAACAUAUCGCGUUAUUGGAAAUCCAAUAAAUAUCGUCAACCGAAUCAAUGGCUAUAUAAUUGGGUGAGAAGGGAAAUUCAAGCUUUGAUUCAGGAGAAAGAUGUUGAUAUAAUUGUGCAUCAUAUUAUUGGAGUCAUUGACUCUUGGAGAAGAAACGAGCCAAUGGGGUCUAAAGUUUCACCUGAAUUAAAGCAACAAGGGUUUAAGAGAAUGGUGGCGGAUGCUGCAAAGCCUUUUUUGAGUGGGAGAACAGAUCGAUUUGUGAAUGAGGUGGAAAUGUUUUUAGCUUCUGGAUUAAAUAUUGAAGCAUAUGAUAAAGUUUAUGUCAAACAUUUGGGUUGGAAAAUUCCGGAGAUAGUGGGUGAUGAUAUUGAUGAAGAACAUGUUGAUUGUAACCCGGUGAUUCCAUUGUUGUCUUUUUCUGAUGAUGAGCUUGAUGAAACCAGUUGAAUGGUUUUCUGGUUUUAGAAUUAGGAAAAUAAUUGUUUUGAUGAGAAUGUUAAUUAUGUGUGUAUGUCGAUGUUAUUAAUUGUUUAUAACAAUUUUUUUUGGAACAAC